GCAUCAAGUUGUUGUGGCAGGCGACAUGAAUGCCACAGUGCAGCCAGCUCACCCUCAUGUAGGGUAUGCAGUGCCAAAGAAUGACGUGCCACAUCACCAAGACCCCGAUUUUCAAAACCUGCUGAUGGAACAUGACCUCUGUGCCCUCAACACGUUUCAUGCCAAGCCGGCAUUCACCUAUGUUUCCACCACCAGCCAAAGCCAAAUCGACUUCGUCUUGGUCAGAACCAAAGAUGCUAGAGGAGGAGCCCGUACUGCACAGCCCAUUCGCGGGUUCCCCGUCACGGGGGGCCGCCUGGCCAACCACCUGCCCGUCCAGGCCACGAUCCCCAUGAUUCCGUUCCAACGGCAGCCCGCCAAGCGUGCUACUCCGAGGCCCCAGUUCGAUGUUGCCGCACUGCAAUUGGCGGUUCGCGCUCAGCCUCACUCGGCCCAGGCACAGGAGUUGCGGCAAGCGGUCGCCACCAGAGUGGCCGGUGUCUCGGAACACGGGCAACCAGACUAUGUCCACCAGCAAAUAAAUGAUAUCCUCCUGGAGGAAGUCUCCCGGCUCUUCCCGAUGCAGCCCAAGCCUGCCUGCCGUGUUAGCAAUCAUCCAGCCUUCAGAGCGAGUGCCACUCACACCUGGGCGCUGUACCGUCGGAUGAAAGGCCUUGCGGGCCGGUCAAUCCAGGAGGUGUGGAACAAGUGGAGGGCUUAUGCCAGCUUUCUUCAUGCCUCGAGGCAGUUAAGACAGCAAAGCAAACAGCUAAAGGCUGCCUACCACCAUGAUCAACUGCAACAGGCUGAACAAGCAGCUCGUGUAGGAGACCAGAGAGGACUGUACAGGGUCAUACGUCAGCUUGCACCGCGCCGCAUACGAGGAGUCUCCCGCCUUAAAGGAGAAGACUGCCACAUCCUGUCAGCUCCGGAGGAGCUUGCUGCAGUAAUAGCCUAUAGCAAGGCCACCUUUGCCCAUCUACCGGAUGACACGCCGCAACAAACCAUCACCUCCGGCUUGAUGUUCUCCGAGGCUGACAUUGUGCAUGAAUUUGCGGCGCUUAACCCGUACAAAGCUGUCCCGCAACACAUCGCCCAAAACGCUGCUUGGCGCCUCUGCGCAGGAAGUCUCGGCGGCAAACUCACCGAAGCCCUUAACUGGCACUUUCGUGCCGGCAACCCAGAAGUGCUCAAAGGCGACAUGCGAGACACGUACGUAGCAUGGCUGCCAAAGCCCUCCAAACCUCCCACGGAGGUCGGUUCCCUUAGACCCAUAGGGCUUAUGCCGCCUUACCCCAAAAUCCUUGCAGGUCAGCUUGCCCAGCGGAUACAAUGGCUGAUCCGCCCACUGCUGGAUCACCUGCCGCAGUAUGCCUACUGUGCAGGCCGUGGGUGUGCCGACGCCAUCUUUAGGGUGCAUCGCCACUUUGAUGAGGUUGAUCAGCUUCUCAAACAGAAUCUCGAUAACCGCUUCAAGCGAAGGCAGGGGACCGACGUGCUCCGAUGCGCGGGAGGCGCAUGCCUCUCCUUAGACCUUUCCAAGGCCUUUGACUCAGUAAGCCGCAACCUCCUGACCUCCUCACUCCAGGACCUGAGCAUCCCUGCGGAUAUCGUGGCAGCCAUACAGCAGCUGCACAAGGAGGCCUGUUACCAUUUUGAUGUUCGCUCCCAGACAGGCAGCGCAACCACCACAAAUGGCAUCAAACAAGGCUGCAGAGUCGCCCCAAUUCUCUGGGUUUGCUUUAGUAUCUCCUUGAUGCAGGGGCUUAGCGGACAUAGGGACUUAGCUUGGGUACAACGAGUUCUUACCCUCUUUGCAGACGAUUUCUGCGCAUGCUGGACCCUCACCAGCAAAACAGAUUUCGCACAAGCCGUUAGGGAUAUUGAACUCUUACUUGAGCUUCUUACCAUUUUCAAACUUACAGUCAACUAUAAGAAAACUGCUUUCCUACUUCGACUUGAGGGCAAGGAUGCCAAGCGCUUACUUUCGUCGUACGUCUACCAAGAUGAUGGGCAGCAGUAUCUUCGGUUGUCGGUGUUUGGUAAGACACAGUCCCUGCAGAUCCGUGAUUCACACGAGUACUUGGGAACCAAGAUUGCUUACAAAGAUCGAAUUGAUCUGAACACUGCCCACAGAAUCGAGGCAGCACAGCACAAAUACAGCAUGAUUCGCAAAGUACUCAAUGGUCGGGGCCCACUCAGCACGGGCCACAAACUCCGCAUGUGGCAGGCAUGCAUUUGCACCAGCCUCGUCUACUCCCUGGAGACGGUCGGCCUAACUGCUGCAGGUGUGCAUAAGCUGAAUGUUCUGGCCACCAGACAUAUCCGUGCCAUUACCAAACAGCCGGCACAUAUAACUCACGUGUCCAAUGAGGACGUAUGGCAAGCUUCGCGCCUGGUGCCUCCAGGCCAGCUUGUAUUGCAGCGUCUCAGAAAAUUCUGUGCAACACGUGAUCCUUGGCAGUCGGCCCAGGGGCCCGACAUUGUGACCAAUGACCAGGAUGCGGCCUCACAGGCCGAGGUUUCUCAGCACGUCAGACUGCCCUGCCCGCACUGUGACAAGGCUCCCGUUCGACAUACCUUCAAGGCGGAGGCGCACUCCGUCGCGGGAAUGCCAACCUGUAAACUCUGCCUCAGAAAUUUCAUGAAGUGGAGGCAGCUCCGCCUCCACGUUGAGCUUGGCUCAUGUCCCAUCCUUGGAGGACAAAGCUUCAAGCUGCACCCGGUGGCACCUGACAACCACCUGCUCAGGCGACAAAGUGCUGGACAUGAGAAGCCGGUGACAACUGUGCAGGCAGAGCCGCAGGAGCAAAAUUUCCCGGAUGCCCUGCCCUUAGUGCUUGACCCGUCCUUUCACGCCAUUGUGCCGCACUGGGAUAGGACCAUGAAUGCAGCAACAGCGGAGGCGGAGAUCUUCCGCUACUGCAUGCCGUUCGGACAGGCGCAGGGCUCAGCAAUCAAGACCGAGCCACAACCAGACAAUCCUCAGAGUGGCAACAAGAGACAGCGCCCAGCCUGGCCACAAAGACGGCCACAACGUCCGACUCCGGGGGGCUACCACGUCUCCCAGGGGACUGCACUCCAGGACCCCACGGUGCAAAUCAUGGGCAAACUGCUAUUGAAGCACGAGCAAUUCAUCUCCCACCUCCGCCGGGACAUGGGUUAUGUGAUGUUCUUCAAGCAGGGAGAGCAAAGCCUGAUACCCUCCCUGAUGGAAGUAGCCAAACAGCACCGGGCCAUGACGGAUGCAGGCUCCACCGACCUCCAAUCCCCGCUGGGGACACUUCUUCUGAAUUGCCUCCUCCGAGAACUACUUCAACGAGCCCAAACGGUCUCAGCAACGGAAGAAGGACGCAACAGUCUGCAGCAAGCCCAGUGGAUGAACAAGGACGGACAAUGGAACUACAUGCGGUGGGACACCAAGCAACGCCGCCUAAUCCCAGACACCAGGCGGGAUCCGCUCUCUCACGAGAAUGCCAUCCGGACGAUCACGGAGCUUCAGGGGAACAUGCUGGGGGACAUUGUGCACCGCUUCCAGUCGUCGCAGGGAUUCAGCAGAAUCGAGGAGGAGGGUCACUCCCAAGUGACCUUCUCCAUGAUCAUCUCCCUCCGCCACCCG